AUGAAGUGUUCCGGUGGUAUCUCGAAUACAAUCACUGCAGAGAGUAAAAACAUCGGACACACUUUUGUGAUUUUAAUAUUUAUAUCCGGAUUGCAAAAGGCCGCACUUAACGAGUACUUCACGAGCACGAAUGCAUACUAUAUACAGUCGACGCAUUACGGCGUCAGUAGUGACAAUCAGGAAAGUAACGAGAGCAAAAGGCCCCGUGCAGCUGAAACCGUAGCGUGA